AAGAUUAACUUCAAUUUUAUUACAAUUUACUAAUGACCAUAUAUCAUCAAAUUCUUGUGAUCUUAAAUCGCGGUCACCAUUGAUUAUAUCUCGUUCAAAAACAAAAUUUACAUUAUCCUUGAAUGAUUUACCAAAAUCUGCAACGAUUCCUACAAAUAUUGAUAAUUUAAAAAAAGGCCCUGAGUGGGACAGUACUAUUGGAAAAGUUGUUAGGCAAGCCCAAAUUAAUUAUCCAAAUUGUGUCAUAUUAACACGUGUUGGCCAAUUCUGGGAGUUAUACUUUGAACAAGCUAAAGAGAUUGCUCCACUUUUGGAUAUAAAGUUAACAAGAAAAAAAUUCGGUCAAGAAUAUUUUGCAUUUGCUGGUUUUCCUACUCAACAUUUAGAUAGGUAUCUAGCUACAUUGGUUAAUGUUCAUGGUCUUCCUGUAGCAAUUUGUGAAGAAUUUCUUAAUGAUGAUGUAAAUGAAGAUAAAUUAAAAUUUAAACGUCGAAUUACACGAAUUAUUACUCCUGGAACUCUAAUUGAUGAAAGUUUUUUACAACAUGAUCAAAAUAAUUUCUUACUUGCACUUUCUCUGGAAGAAAAGACGAAUUCGGUUGGAUUGGCAUGGAUCGAUAUAACAACUGGUUUAUUUUUUAUGCAAAAGUCAAACUUAGAGUCUAUUUCUGGUGAUUUGAUGCGUAUUCGUCCUAGCGAAAUUGUUAUAUGUGAUAAUUAUUCUAAGAUGGAGAGUCAUGAUAUUUGGCAGCAUGUUGAUAGUAGAAAAUAUAUUAUUUCCUAUGAACCUUCAGAUUCUUUUGAUUCUAAUCUGCAUCAAAGCUGGAUGUCCGAUUCACAAAUUGAUUACGAUGUUGAUCAAAUUUUUUCUUCUGAUGAAUUAAAAGCUAGUGCUGCGUUAAUAUCUUACAUUAAUAAAAAUUUACUUGGACGUAUAUUAAAAAUUCAACCACCAAUAAAUAUUAAUUUGAAAGAUACAAUGAUUAUUGAUGCGACAACUUUAAGGUCAUUGGAAAUUACGAUAUCAAUGAGAGAUAACACAAAGAAAGGAAGUUUACUGCACGCUAUUCGACGUACAAAGACAGCAUCUGGUGCAAGGACUUUAGACCGGUGGUUAUGUUUCCCAACGACAUCAAUAAAUAUAAUAAAUAAUCGUUUAAACCUUGUUGAAUAUUUUUGUAAAAAUACACAUCUUACGAGUGAUAUUCGCCAAAUUUUGGAAAACUGCGAUGAUACACAAAGGACAUCACAAAAAAUUUCUUUUACUUUUUAUAAUCCUGAUGAUUUCUUAAAACUAAAACGUACUAUAGAAUCAAUGCUCAUUAUAAAAAAUCGUUUGCAAUCAGAACUUUAUGUUACUCCUAAUGAUAGUAUGAAAACACUUAUUGAACGUAUACAACCACAAAAUGAUCUUAUAAACAUUAUAUCUGAAGCUAUUGACGAAGAUAUGUUAAAUAAAAUGAAAGAGACUCGACAGUACAAUUCUGAUGGAAGUAUCAUUUCUGUGGUUGACACCGGUACUGAAGACACUGAUGUUGAAGAUGUAGAAAAUGUUGACUUUGAUACCAACUUUACUAAUUUUGAGGAGAAAUGUAAUGAUGAGCCAGCAACGAAAAAAAAAAUUACUAAAAAACGCAAGAAAGUGAAACAAAAUUCAGAAAUCUCUACAUUUGAAGAAGAUUUUGCUUCAAUAUUAAAGAAUGAUAAUUGGGUUAUCAAAAAAGACUUUUCUCCGAGUUUAUUGAAAUUGCACGAACAACUUGAAAAAAAAUAUCGAGAUAUGAUUGAACUUAGAAAUCGCUGGAUAGAUAAAUUAAAUGGUUCGGUAGAACUUCGAUCACAUCCAAGCUAUGGAUUCAUUGUUGCCAUCAAGAAAGUUCGGAAUAAUAAGGACGUCGAACGCAUACUAAAUGCAACCCGUAUUCAUCACUUUAAGCACAGAAAGUGGUUCAUUAUCCAGAAAUGGACACAUCUUGGUGGACAAAUCGAAGAUAUUAAAAUAAAGAUACGAGAAGAAGAAACGAAAGUCUUACAAUUAAUUCAGAAAAAGAUUGUAGAAGAAUGGUAUUUGACUGUACAAAAUUCACGAGUAGUUGAUGAAUUGGACAUAGCGAGUUCACUUGCUGUUUUAGCACGAGAACAGAAUUUUGUGCGGCCUAUCCUAAAUUAUGGCUAUUCUCAUAAAAUUGUGGGCGGUCGUCAUCCUGUAGUAGAAGCAGGACUCCAAACAAAAGGACGUCAAUUUGUAAAGAAUGAUUGUUAUGUUGGUGAUAAAAAGCGAUUACUUAUACUAACGGGACCGAAUAUGGGUGGAAAGAGUACGUACUUGCGUCAAAACGCCAUUAUUUCGAUUUUGGCACAAAUAGGAUCUUUCGUUCCAGCUGAUUACGCGGAAAUUGGCAUAGUUGAUCAAAUAUUAAGUAGAGUUGGUGCUUCGGAUAAUUUAUAUCAAGACCAAUCAACAUUUAUGGUUGAAAUGAUUGAAACUGCACAUAUUCUAAGGAAUGCAACACAAAGAUCUUUUGUCAUUAUGGAUGAAAUUGGUCGUGGAACAGCUACUUUAGAUGGAAUUGCAAUUUCAUUUGCAACAUUAUAUCAAUUACAUUAUAUAAACCGUUGUAGAACAUUGUUUGCUACUCAUUUCCAUGAACUGCCAAACCUAAUGGUAAACUUUGAGAAUGCCGCGUGUUAUUGUACUGAUAUUCAAGAAGAUGAGGAUGGAAGUUUUUAUUACCUUCAUCGAAUAAAGGAGGGUGUAAAUCGAAAUUCUGCGGCGUUGAAGGCAGCACAACUUGCAGGGGUUCCGCCGUCAGUAUUAUUGGUUGCUAAAAAUACCUUAAAAUAUUUACAAGAACAUUCAAAACCCAUUAAUUUGGAUUCAUAUUUUCAAUCUGAAAUCGAAAAGUCUAUUCAUAGUGAAUUAACAAAAGUUUAA